AUGACUACGAAUCCUGGUCUACAGUCAAUAUCCGAUCUGACAGCCUCGACUCGUUUGACAACAGGCGACAUACCACCCCCACUCGUAGGUUCUUCAACGGUUGUAAUCGGUACUCACCUUUAUUUAUUCGCUGGACGUCUUGUGUCUUCGCGACGCAUGACCAAUGAGCUAUAUGUGCUAGAUUUGGAAACUUUUGUAUGGAAAAAAGUUCAAGAUAAUGAUCAACAAACACCCAAAGCAAGAUAUUUUCAUUCAUCCAAUCAAUACAAAAACUCUAUCAUCUUUUUUGGUGGGAUGGGAUAUUCAAAAGUAAAUGACAGCCUAUGUGUUUUAGAUGAUGUGUCCAUUUUCGAUCUAGAAACGUCCUCGUGGAAGCACCCUGAAAUUAAGCCGUCCGAUUUUGCACCCCGUCCACGAUAUGCACAUUUGGCUGCUGUGACAUCAAAUAAGUUGGUGGUGAUAGGUGGCCAAGACAUGACCAAUUACUAUAUUGAAGAAAUAAAUGUUCUUGAUUUGGAUGAAAUGAAAUGGACUUUAUCGCGAACAUUUGAAAAACAUUGUGGAGCAUAUCGGUCGGUCGCCGUCAGCAGCAUUAACCAUACAAAUCUAUUUCUGUUUGGUAAUAACACGAAUGAUACCGCCUCGCUUGCAUCCCUCGAAGAUCCAUCAUCCCAAGUUCCCGAAACGAGUCCGCCGACACCAAUUCGAAAAACCAAUUCCUCGCAAUCUUUAUCUACGACAUCCAGUAGCACAAAUAUUUUACGCAAGCCGCCUUCGAUUGGUACAUUUGGUCGCCCAGCUUCUAUAAAACGAACGCCUUCUGGCCAAACCCUCCUUCGAUCCCAAUCGAUAAAACGAGUCCAGUCAUUCGGAAAUUCAUUUUACCGUCUUUCCUAUACAACCAACGCCACUGAAGAUAACCCAAAUCCUAUAUAUUUGUAUUCUAAUUAUAAUUUUACUGAUGUUAAGCGUGAGCUUCAAGUGAUAGAUCCUCCCACAUCACCCAAUUUUCAAAUUGCUGACCAUUCCGAAAGUAUGACGGGUACCUUUCUACCUCCCGGCCUUCGAUUUCCAACCGGUGCAAUUCUUGGACAUCAUCUUAUAAUUUCAGGAACUUACCUCACAAACCCUAGUCAAACAUUUAGUAUAUGGUCAUUGAAUCUCUCGAAUUUAGUAUGGACUCGAAUUGACACGGGCUCAUGUUUUUCACAGGGUUCUUGGAAUCGUGGCGUUCUUUGUGAAGCAGCUAACAAGUAUUUCGUUCUGGGUCAUCGUGACAGAUCACUUGUAGAUGACUAUAAUCACCGACAAACUAAUUUUGAUCACAUAACAGUUGUAGACUUGGAAGCAUUUGGUAUUUAUCAGCCCCCUCCAGCUACAAUGUCUUCAGUAGCUCAGGAAUUAGGGUUGGCGAUGAUGAAUGAUCCCAAUAUGUCAGAUUUUGAAAUUGUGACGUCAGACAAUAAUCGAAUACCGGUUAAUUCUCAAUUGUUAUCUAACAGAUGGCCACAUUUUAAAGCACUGGUUGAGCAGCAAGCUGAAAGUGCUCCUACACCAAAAUAUGACGAAGAAACUCAGCGAAACUCUGAUAAUAAUGAACCAAUAUUAAUGUAUCAGCAUCGUGCUCUCGAAUUCCCUGAACCCCUCGAUGUAACAUUAGCAUUUUUGCAGUAUUUGUACACCGAUCAUCUACUUACUACUCAACAAUAUCAACCGCAUGUUUUGGCCCAACUAUUGCUUUUGGCGGAUAUGUAUGACCUAAGCCGCCUCCGUCAAUUGGCAUCCCAUGCGCUUCAUCAAUCGCUCAGUAUGCCGACUGCUGCUUUGAUAUAUGAGACUGCUGCCUUAUCAAGGCAGACUGGUUUGCAAAUACGGGCUCUCAAAGUUAUGAUUGCGGCAAAAAAAAUGGUUCAGCAACGACAAAGUAAAGAACAAUCGUCGUCCAGAGGUAUUCCAAAUGGUAACGGACAAAUACCGUCAAAUCGCACAUCCUUAUCUGAACAAGAAAUGGCUUCAUCAGCGAGCUGGACGACGUUGCCCAACGCGUCGAGUCCUGCAGCGCAAUUGGAUCCGAGAUCAUCAUAUUAUGACCCAUAUUCGUCAACAAUGAAUUCAACGUCACAGAUCGAACGAAUCAGAUGCAGUUCCGAUGAAUUCAUCGCGUCCACGUUUACGAUCUACGCAAUCAAGCAGCUCAUUGGGGUCUAA